GGCUCCCCGUGCCACCCCUUGUUGUGUCUUAACUGGGACACUUCGGCAGACCACCACUCCCCUCUGUUCCGGUCUGACAGAGACUGCGCGAGGGAGAAUAAUGGGGAUCAAGAUGAUUAACACGCUGCUAAUAAGCGCUGCGAUGGUGCUUUCCUGUGCAAAAAACGCUCUUGGUAAAGGAGCCACAUGUAAUUUUGAUGGAUCCUUUUGUGGGUACUCGUUGUCUGCAGAUGAAGAUAGAUUUAAAUGGCAACAGAUUGGAAGAAAUAAGGGAUUACCAACUGAAGACCACACAGUUGGCACAAAAGGUCCUAAUGGUCAGUUCCUUACAGUCAAGUGGACAAGUGGUACUGCUGAAAACCAGAAAGCAAUUAUAACAUCACCACGUAUUUCUCAGGCAAAUGCUCCAUGUAGCAUAGGAUUUUAUUAUUACAUGAACAGUGACCAAAUAGCAUUAACCGCACACUUGAAAACAGCGACAAUGCGAGAGACAAAACAAAUAUGGGCCCACCAAGUAAGAAGGAAUAUGUGGACAUACAGUGGACCAAUUAACAUCACUUCUUUCUCCAACCUAGGGGACUUUCAGGUACUGAUUCAAGCCCAAAUAAAGCCUGGUAAUGCUUUUAGUACGAUCGUAUCCAUCGACGAUAUAACAUUCACUGGCUGUGGCAAUGGCGCAGGCCCUGUUAAUCCAACCUCAUCAACAACUCUUAAAACUACGACCACGCCUUCCACCACAUCUAGUACGACAAAUUCGAAGAAAAUUACUACCUCGACGCCAACUUCUUUUUCAGGUGAUGGAGUUACGUGUAAUUUUGAUGGAUCCUUUUGUGGGUACUUGUUGUCUUCAGAUGAAGACAGAUUUAAAUGGCAACAGAUUGGAUGGAAUCAAGGAUUACCAACUGAAGAUCACACAUUUGGCUCAAAAGGUUCUAACGGGCAGUUCCUUACAGUCAAGUGGAGAAGUGGUAAUGCUGGAAACCAGAAAGCAAUUAUAACAUCACCACGUAUUCCUCAGACAAAUGUUCCAUGUAGCAUAGGAUUUUAUUAUUACAUGAACAGUGACCAAAUAUCAUUAACCGCACACUUGAAAACAGUGUCAACGCAACAGACAAAACAAAUAUGGGCCCACCAAGUAAAAGGAAAUGGUUGGACAUACAGUGGGCCAAUUGAUAUCACUUCUCUCUCCAACAUAGGGUACUUUCAGGUUCUGAUUCAAGCCCAAAUAAAGCCUGGUUAUGCUUUUAUUAAGGUCGUAUCCGUCGACGAUGUAACAUUCUCUGGCUGCGGCAAUGGCACAGGUCCUGUUAAUCCAACCUCAUCAACAACUGUGUCUACUCUCAAAACUACGACCACGCCCUCCACCACAUCUAGUACAACAACUUCGAUGAAAAUUACUACCUCGACGCCAACUACUUUUUCAGGUAAUAUACUUGUUUCCGAUUAUUAAUAAAGAUUAAUUAGCUUUCUUUGUUUGACGUAAGUUUUUAUGCAAAUAUCUCCGCUUCUGCUCAAUUAUGUUUGAAAUCAUUUGGAUUGUAGAACACCCCUUAUCUACAAAAAAUGAAAAAAAUUAAUUAUCAUGCUGUUAUUGUUAUUUUUCUUAAGGCCGAAUCAGUACUUAAGGAAUCUUCCAGUCCCGACUGUUUAGAGAAUCAUCUUUAUAGCAAUAAACCUGUUUUUAUCUCAUAUCCUCACAGCCUUUUUAUUUGUGAAGUCAUCCUAAGUAAAAUGUCUCUGAUGGAAAUUAUCAAAGAUAUAGCAAUUGUACCACCCAACAGGCAUAGUCGCGUUGGAUCAACGUUGAAAACAGGCUGAUACGGUGAACUGCCGUUGAUUUACCUAAAUUCAACGUAAAAUCA